UAUCUUAGUUUGGAAAGAGCAUGUUUCGAAUCCCGAUAUUGAUGUAAUUUUUUUUUAUGAAUAAAAAAUAAAUAAUGAUUGUGAAGACACAAUUAUCCUUCCUACUUUCGCUCUCAUUGCACGAAAUUUGAAAUGCUGAAAAACUGCCUCCAACUCGGCUAUAAUAUAUUUGUAGAUUGCGAUUCCCUAAGCACCUUCCAAGCUGCACUUUUCCUCUUGAAAACAGUAAAACCGUGCCCUUGAAUUUCCCAAAAACCUUGUCCAUCACCGGCUCACCGUCCCCAAAUUAAUCGAUGCCUUUGACUAUAUCUCCGACGAUGGAGAUGGAGAAGCCUCUGAUUCUCUGCUCUUCGUAGCAGGCCUGCUAGCACCUGAUUCAGCUGCCUCGAUUCUUUGCAUCCCCGACAGGGAAGGACAGGUUGUAGUAUUUCUCGAUGACUUUUUUUGAUGAUCUGCGCUAUGGCGCUUUCCGCGUUUGUGGUGAGCUCCCGACGAUGAGACCGGACAGGACGACUCCAUGUCGAAAGUUAACUUAUUUAAUUCAGAUCUCGUCUCCAUGUCGAUCAGCCAAGGCGUGUGGCCGAUGUUUUCGUGUAGAUCUUGCAAUGAUCUAUCCUUCGACGGUGGUUUUAGCAGGGAAACAUAGGUUGAACGAAGGCAUCGAUUACAACUUUGAGGGAUACAAAAUGGCUGGAAGAGAGAUUGUCGGAGUCGGCAACCUUGACUCCUCGGCUUCUGGCAACUCCGUGGCCUCCUCUCCUCACUCCCACGAAAAAAUUCCCUGGUACAUUGGCGGCGAGAUCCAGAAGUUCGUCGUCCACCGAUUGACAACCUUCUUCAGCUUCGGCGGCGAGAUCCAUAAAUUCCCUUGGUUUAUUAUCCUCCUCUACCUAGGAAUGGCAAUGGUGCAGGUCCGGGGCGGGUUUCUUGGUACCCAGACCCGCCCCGUGGUAGGUCGGGUCCAGGUAAGGUAAUUGAUCACGGGUCGCGGGUCGGGGCAGGUCGACCCAAUGGGUAUGCAAUUUAUAUGAAAAACAUUAGAAAUAUUCGUUAUUUUUAUUAUAAAACUAAGAAAACAAACAAUAUUAUGACAAUUGUAGUUAAAUUAUUGGAGAAAUUGAGAUUUUUACUAAUUUACAACUUUAUUAUAGCUAAAAUAUGAUGCAAUAAAAGGAAAAUUCUCAGUAAUUUGACUAAGAUUACACGUGAUUUAGACAAGAAUUGGUCGAGAAUGGGGCGGGUCAGGGUAGGUCGGGUCGAUGAGACUACCCAUGCCCGCCCCGCUCCGCCUACAGAGCGGGUCGGACCCGCCCCAAAACAGGUCAAAUAGGUCGGGUAAAACGGGUCAGGUCGAAAUUGCCAUCCCUACCUCUACCCAGGGCAAAAACUGACUCACGACAAGUCAAUUCAUUAUUGUUUUUUUACAUGACAUUAAGUUAACGCUCCCGUCAGCAAUUAUGUUUGCCACAUCAUCAAAAAAUUGAGGGAGUUAACGAAAUCUAACGGAGACUAACGGUCAGUGACUAACGAUGAAACGAUUCAUAAAGUUAGUGGCGAAUAAGAAAGAAAAGUAAUUCAGGUGGCAAACGUGAAAAUUUUAUGUAAUUUGAGUGACCAAAUGUGUAAUUUAGCCUUAUUAUUAUUGUUUGCAGGAAGGCCGCAUCGAUCGAAUCGUCUGAUGAGUUGAGAGUGAAUCUGCAGUUACGGUCGCGGCCUCAAAAUCCUUCUUCACCUCCAGAGUGAAUCCACAUCUCCCCGAACAAUCCUACCCGCCGGCCAGCCUCUUUCACCUCGCUGAGAUGCUGACCAACCUAUCUGGUGCCGUCUUAUGCGCCGCCGAACCCCUUCAUUGCCAUCGUUUAUCGACAACCCAUAUUGUGAUUCCAAAUCCCAAUCCAUAACCAAGAUCGUGGAAGACGAGGCGGCGAGACUCGGAGGAGAACCAGGACGGGACUCUGGAUUUCAGCUCUCGAUGGUAGACGUCGCGACUGUGGCAGAAUCGAUGGUGGAGAUAAGUUGCUGGAAGUACACUCUAGUAACGUCAUCUCUCAACCAGCCUCUCUCGAUCUUGGAGAAAAUCUCGCCGCCGCGGACGAGCUUCAUGGCGAUUUUGAUCUUUCACUUGCUCGCCAUCACUUCGUGGAGCUCGACGAUGUUGGGGUGCUUCAUCAUCUCCAUCGCCAUGCUCUCCCAAUAAUGGAGGUUCUGCGAGUGGGUUUCCCAAAAGAAAGGACAAACAGAGAGAUUGAAGGACGAAGAGAUUGAGGAUUGAGGGAAGGAAGAAUGGAAGUAAAAUCCCACUUUGGCUAAUUAGGGAUUUUAUGGCUGGGGAGAUUCUUUUCGUUGGCGGCGCUGGCGAGGGGAGAAAGAGGGAGAAUUUCUUGGUUUGGGGAUUGACAGAUUCUAGGGUUUGGGAACCACCAUUGAAGGGGCAGAGCUCUAAGUUCUGAUUUUUCGGCGAGGACGAGCAGAAACGAAGGCAGGAGAAAAUGAAGAAAGGAAGAUGGAGAGACAAAUUUCUCAUUCCCCUUUUGUCUUUGUUUUUAUGUAAUUAACAUUUAAUAAAUGAUGAAUUCCAUU